AAAAAGUCAAGUUUGAGCAAAUAGAUUAUACAAUCUACAAGGCAAGUACAAACACUGUUGCGUUCACGACAACAGAAGAAAGAAUGCCAUUAUGGAUCGAAGCUCUGAGAACACGAUACCAAGAUGGCCUCUAUGUCAACACAUAUCACUGUGCGCUGGGAAGAAAAUGAAAACAAGGAUGACUCAACGAAAUGCGACAAGGUAACCAUCCAUCUAUCUUCCUCCAAAAACUCGAUUAAUCAGAAUCUCAUCACCAUCACAGCACUGAUAAAUAAUGGCAGAAUUCAAGUACAAGGAAGGUCCUACAAAGAAUGGGGGCAACAAAGAAUUUUGCGACUCCUGGCAAUUAUUAAUUCUAGUCCUGCCAAAACCAAUCCAACCAAAGAUCUAGAAACUUUCGUUGAACUAAUAACAAUUAAUCAAAAACCGAGCACUAUGGAAAAAGAUGACCAUGCCAUCGACAAUAUAUCAGAACCAGACAAUACUAACUCUAUAAAUGAUGAACCAAUGUUUUCCAGCAUGAAAAGCAGCCUAGUCUCACUUGAAGCUGACUUUGUUCUUUUUAAGCAAACGACCCAAAUAAGCAUCAAUGACCUCACAGUUCAGCUCGACAAUAAAGACGGUGAAAUCAAUAAUCUAAAAACUGAAAUAACAUUACUCAAGACAACUAACCUAAGCCAACAACAGUCAAUAUGUGACCUGAAUUUAAAACAAUCACAAAUUGAAGAUGAACUUAAAAAAUUAAAAAACAAACACGAAUCCUUAGAGAAAAAGAAUACUGAUCUAUUACUAAAAUUACAAACACUAAAUAAGGAAAAUAUUCAGACAAACGAAGAAACGACCAGCCAAAUUCAACCAAACAUAGCAGUGCCCAUUUCAAACAGUUUUGGUACCUUAGAAGACAACCUGAAUCAACCUGAUGAGGAUGAAAUACAAAGAGAUGAAAUGUCGACAUCACAGAACACCCUCUUAGACCACUCCGAAGACCAACCACCUCAACCCAAUAAAGUAAACAAUGGAGAAACAAUUAUCUUGUGUGACAGCAAUGGUCGUCACAUAAACCCCAACCUGUUAUGCCCUGGUUCAAGGACUUCCUACAUCCGAUGUCCAACCCUGAAUGAUGCUAGUAAGACCAUAGAACAAACCACAUUCACGAACCCUAAAACAUUCCUUCUUCACUAUGGAACCAAUGACCUGGAGUCUAACCAAUCAGAUGAAGAAAUCAUAGGACGUCUCAAAUCCACGGUAACAACCAUAUCCAGUAAACACCCUGAAAGUAAAGUGAUUCUCUCAACACUAUUACCCAGAAAAGACAACCUGAACGAAAGGACCAAAAACAUUAACCACAGUCUAGAAGAAACAUUCUCGGCUUCCAAAAUCUAUGUUGUCAAACAUGACAACAUCAAAAUAGAAGACCGGCAUGACAAAAAAUAUCUGAACACGAUUGGCAUCAAACGUGUUUCGCCUUAA